GAGAGACAUUAUUUUGUUGCAAUCUCUAACAAAACCCACGCGUUGGAUAGUCCUUCUUCUUCAAGUCCGCAAUGAUGCCUUGAUCCAGUCCGCCCUGUCUCUGCCGAACAUGACCUCAAUAGACGAACUCUUCCGCAAACCCAAUGCCGGUCCGAAACGCAAACUCGAAGACCCGACCGCGGUACACACCCAUGUCCUCUCCAACAAAUCCUCCAAGUUGACCGACGGAUCCUCCCCACGCAGCAAUGGCCAUGACUCGUCUGUAUCCAAGUCGUCCAGCGGCACGCCCGCGUUCGUGCAAGACGAGAUACUGGACGACGAGGACGUCGAAGCCGGACCUGCGCGGCCGCAGGAUGACGUCGAGGACGAAGUUGGCGACGACGAAGAGGGGCGAUUCUUUGGUGGAGGCGUGACGAAGCAAGAACGCGAAGUCAUAGACUACAUCGAGAAAAAUGAAGCCGGCGAUGCCGAGGAGAAGAUUGACUCGGCGUGGCUGCGGCGGACUGCAAUCAACUUCGAGCGGAAGAUCAAUAAGAACGCGGAACUACGCGCGAAAUACGAGAGCGAGCCCAUGAAAUUCGUGGGCAGCGAGGCCGAUCUCGACGCUGAGAUCAAAGGACUCAGUCUCCUUAGCGAGCAUGGCGAAUUGUACGAGGAUUUCGUUAAGCUGGGCUGCGUCGACAGUCUGGUUGGUUUGCUCGCACACGAGAACACCGAUAUCGCGAUCGCAGUGUGCGAAUUACUCGCCGAACUUACGGACGAGGACUCGGCGUCGACGGAAGAGCAGUGGAAAUCGCUGGUGCAGACGAUGAUCAAAAGCGACCUCGUUGAUCUGCUGACGAGCAACUUGAGUCGACUGGACGAGGAGAACAAUGAAGGCGACCGGGCAGGAGUAUACCAUAUCUUGAACGUGUUGGAGAAUAUCUUGUCAGAUACACAAUAUCUGGACGCUGUAGGCUCCAAGGACACACUCAUGCAGUGGCUGCUCUCACGGAUAAGGAAAGUCGAUGCACAUGCGCGAGGAAAAGUCGGACAGAACCGACAGUAUGCUGCUGAGAUUUUGGCCAUCCUGCUUCAAAGCAAUAGGAGCAAUCGAGACCGGUUCGCGCAGAAAGAGGGCGUGGACGCUCUGCUAGAGCUACUGAGCGUAUACCGCAAGCGGGAUCCGGAAAAGGACUCGGACGAGGAAGAAUAUGCGGAGAAUUUGUUCGACUGCCUAGCCUGCGUAGUCGAAGAGAGGCUUGCUGGCGAGAAAUUCGUCGAGGGCGAAGGUGUCGAAUUGUGUCUGAUCAUGCUACGGGAAGGCAGACUUGCAAAAGCCAGAGCCUUGAGAAUUCUCGAUCACGCCAUGAGCGGCGGCAAUGCGGUGGUUGUCUCUAUGCGGGUCGUGGAUGCUGCCGGCUUGAAGACGAUCUUUGGGAUGCUCAUGAAAAGUCACAAGAUGGAGCGAAGUCUGCUUGAACAUCUGAUUGGAAUCCUCGCAAGUUUGUUAAGGCACUUACCGGGCGGAACUGCUGAACGAAUACGCACACUCGCCAAAUUUGUGGAAAACAACUACGAGAAAGUCCAGAAGCUGGUGGAAUUGCGGAAAGAGUACAAAACGCGGCUCAUCAGGAUCGAUGCCCAAAUCCAGAAGGAGCGGCAAGACAUGGACGAUGCUGAGGCAGAAGAGCAUGCCGAUGAGUGGUUGUCUCGCCGACUUGAUGCAGGUCUCUUCUCUCUCCAAGCUCUUGAAUUGAUCCUCAGCUGGAUGGUGGCGGAAGAUAAUGGGGCCAGGGAGACCAUUACCGUGCUCCUUGGUGAAGACGGGCUGAAGGUCUUGGAACGCAGUUUACGAGAUCAAUUAGAUGGUAUGGACUCUGGACAGAGCGAAGAGGCAAAGGCCACUGAAGAAAUGCUGGAAGCAUUGCUAUUGUGCGUUGAGAAAUAAUGUUAGUGUUUGUGGUUGCAAGACAGCUAAUUCGAUCCAGCAACAAAUGUAUGACUUUUGACGAUAAUACAUGAUUUUGAUACCCAUUUCAAACUGUCUCUUUUACUCUCUACCGCCCUCUCUGAACGUCCUUUAAGUUCGCUGAUCCACUCUUGCAAUGCUGGUCAGCGUCGCGGUGGUCAAAGAAUCGAGAUGUCUUCUUUGACCUAGUUGGUGUUCUGCAGCGUUCCAGCCCGGCUCAACCUUGGAUCUCGAGCUGUUGAGCGCCUUCGAUCUCAUGGUCCCAAAUCCAGCGAUCUUUGUGUAUAGCUCCAUGUUUGGAGUUGGGGGCGAUGUAGCGAACUCAUCAAAGAGCGACGUCCUUACAACUGCGCACCAGAUAGGGUACAUCUCCUUCAGCAACCGGUAGAUUGGCCUUAUUCACAUGGCCAUGUCAGUCAUGUUUCUUCCUCCGAUAGCAGCCUCGGGUACAGAUCGAACUUACGACCCGCAUUUCUCACUAAAGUGACGAUGGACAGAACGACCGAUGUCUGUAUUCUUGUCUUCAUAGGGCUUGAUCGGCCCUGAGAAGCUAAGGUCCGACAAGGGGAGAAUCAUUAAAGAUGCACCCGCUUAAGUACCGUACGUCAGUCGACGCUGGAAGGUAGUCGAGCUGAUGCUUCAAUAUACGCACCUGCACCGCUACACUUUUGGCAGUUGCGGGAGUGACAAAUUAAUGCGGUGGGUUUGCCAUCUUGAGGCAUAUUGGCCUCGACGGUGACAGCGACACAGUUGCAAGAUCCGUGCAUCGUGAUCGGUAUGGUGUUUGGGUGGAUGUUGAGGCUGUUGAGCUUGUGGAACGCAACAAUCUCUCUGGCAACCGGCCAGACAAGCUGUGUUUAUAUAGAGGGCGG